AUGGGGAGAUUGACAUAUUUUCUAGGAUUGCACAUUCAAUAUAAAUCUAAUGGCAGUUUGUUUAUCAAUCAGUCGAAGUAUGCAGAAAAGUUGAUCAAUAAGGUAGGAAUGAGUUUAUGUAAACCUGCCCUAACACCAUCAAAACCUCAUACACAACUGCUUACAUCAGAAGGAACGGUUAUGGAAGAUCCAACGUUGUACAGAAGUAUAGUAGGAGCACUGCAACACUUGACUUUCACAAGGCCAGAUAUAGCACACGCGGUGAAUGUGGUCUGUCAGUACAUGACUAAGCUUACUGAUGCACAUUUCUUCUUGGUAAAUAGAAUCUUAAGAUAUGUGCAGGGUACAAUUGAUUGUGCACUCACUUAUACACCAUCACCAAAUAUUAAUAUUUUAGCAUUCUCUUAUGCUAGCUGGGCUGCAGAUAUCAACACAACGAGAUCAAUUUCAGGAUAUGUAGUGUAUGUUGGCAAUAAUCAUGUCUCUUGGAAAUCGAAGAAACAAGCAUCCGUUUCACGAAGUUCAACCGAAGCUAAGUAUAAAGCUUUAGCUCAUUGCACUGCUAAUGUUUGUUGGAUAAGAAACCACCCUCUAGCUCUACUUUGUGAUAAUUUGUCUACUUUGGCACUCUCCUCCAAUUCGGUGUUUCACUCUCGCAUUAAACACCUGGAUACUGACUAUCACUUUGUCAGAGAAAGGGUUCAAAAUAGGGAUAUAACAGUGCAUUAUGUGUUAACAGAUUCUCAGGUUGUUGAUAUACUUACCAAGGGAUUGCAUAGUCCUCUGUUCAUCAAGCAAGGCUACAAUCUCAGACUCGAAAAUCCUAGUGGAUAUUGA